AUGAACAAGAAUAUAGCAACCUUUCAAAGGGAAUCAAUAAAAAAGUGGUUCGAAGACCAUAGGUUUGAGGCUGUAGAAAAAGCAACAUACAAUACCGAUACACAGACGGAGGAGGUAAAGCCGGAAACGAGGGAAAUGGGUACCCAAACAGAGACCUGGCACCAGAGAGCACAAUCCUUAGAGACAAUCACAGCUAUGGAAACAUACGAAGAUUUCAAGAAGGUGGAGAACCUCGCUUGGGCAGAUGAACUGUACACUAACUCAGCAGUGUGGAACCAAAGGAUUCGGAGAUGCAUCCAAAGGCUCUAUAAAGACAAGUACCCUGAGUUAGCGGAUCUAAAUGGACAAUUCGAGAUCAUCGAGCAAAGGACCUACAUUAGAACUAAAACUCCGGUGGAGGAGACUAUAAAAAAGAUAAUUAAAAUAGUGCACAACGGUACACCGGAAAAAAUUUGGGAAGCACUUAGGCUCCUGAAGUCUGAAACCAGUGAUGAUGAGAGGGUGGCAAUUCAUCACAUCGUAGAUUACCCCACCGACAAACUAAAAAAGAUGGUUGAGGGAAUCUUUCAUGGAUCUCGUACCAUAGUGGACAUAUAUACAAUCGCAGGAUACCACGCGGCCCUGGAGAAAACAGAUAAAAGAGAGAGACCUACCUUCGGUAUGAUUGUGAGCGGGGGACGGUCAUAUAAGGACAUAUUAGGCAAAGUUAAGAACGCAGUUGGAGAUAAAGCAGCAGGAGGAGCAAUUCGGAGUCUCAAGAGUACAAGAGAUGGUAGCCUGCUAAUAGUAAUGGACAAGGACCAAAAAUCCCUAAACGAAAUCAAGAAGGCGUUUAAAGAUUCUCCGGAAGGUCUAAAAGCCAGACAAGUUGGUGAAGAAGGACUUUUCGAAACACUGCAUGUCAGAGGAAUGGAGGCAGAAUGCACCAAGCAGGAACUACAACAGGCACUAACUGAGAAACUUGGAAAAUGGGACGAAGACACUCAUAAACUAAGUGACCUACGUCCAAUGGUGAGUAACCAAAUGGCGGCCACCGUGACCAUUCCAACGAAAUAA